UACUUUCUAGAGUCAGUCGGCUUGGCUGAUGCAACCGGUAAACGUGGUUGUAAGUGAAGUUAGAAGAUGGAAACUGAAAAAUCUAAAAGAACAUUAUCUCCCUGGUUAGCUCCUCAAGGUACAGAAUUACCUAAAUUAAAAUUAUAUAAUAGUUUCACUAGGCAGAAAGAGAUAUUUAUUCCGCAAAACGGGAAAAAAGUAUUAUGGUACAGUUGUGGUCCGACUGUUUACGAUGCUUCUCAUAUGGGUCAUGCCAGGUCUUAUAUUUCCUUUGAUAUUUUAAGAAGAAUAUUGUCUGAUUACUUUAAAUAUGACGUGUUUUACGUCAUGAACAUAACUGAUAUCGAUGACAAGAUCAUUCAACGUGCUAGACAGCAGUAUCUCUUUAAUCAAUACGCUAAUAAAGAAUGUAGUAUUUCUGAAGUAUUGAAGGAUGUUAAAGAUGCUUUAACUGCUUACGUCGAAAAAUCAAAAUCGACUAAUGAUCCAGAUAAGAAGAAGCUUCAAGAACAAACAAUUUCUAAAACUUUAGAUGCAAUUAAAAAUGCUGAAAAUGAUAUGAAUGAUUUAGCUAAGAAAAGCUUAUUGGAUAAUGUCAAAGAUGUUCUUUCUAACUGGUUAGAUGCAUUACAUGGUGCUGAAGUUACUGAUAAUUCCAUAUUUAGGUCUCUUCCUAGGUUUUGGGAAGAAGAAUUUUACAAGGAUAUGCAUGCAUUAAAUGUACUUCCUGCCGAUGUUGUUACCAGAGUCAGCGAAUACAUUCCUGAAAUUAUAGCGUAUAUAGAGAAGAUUAUAAAUAAUGGUAUGGCUUAUGAAUCGCACGGUUCUGUUUACUUUGAUACUAUGGCCUUCGAUCGGUGUCGUAAUCAUUAUUAUGCCAAACUUGUACCCGAAGCUUUCGGAGACACUAAUGCUUUAAAUGAAGGAGAAGGAGAUCUUAGUGUUUCUGAAGAUAGAGUUAAACAGAAGAAAAGUCCAAAUGAUUUUGCAUUGUGGAAAGCAUCCAAACCUGGUGAACCAUUGUGGGAUUCUCCUUGGGGUAAAGGAAGACCUGGAUGGCAUAUUGAAUGCUCUGUUAUGGCUAGUUCGUUAUUAGGUGAAUCUAUUGAUAUUCACACAGGUGGUGUUGAUCUCAAAUUUCCACAUCAUGAUAAUGAGAUUGCUCAAGCCGAAGCUUAUUAUGACAACAAUCAUUGGGUUCGAUAUUUUUUACAUUCUGGACAUUUAACGAUAUCUGGUUGCAAGAUGUCAAAGUCUUUAAAAAAUUUUAUUACAAUAAAGGAAGCUUUGCAAAAACAUUCCUCUAGCCAAUUAAGAUUGGCAUUUUUACUUCAUUCUUGGAAAGAUAGUUUGGAUUAUAGUGAAAAUACAAUGGAAAUUGCUAUUCAGUAUGAAAAGUUUAUGAAAGAAUUUUUUCUAACUGUUAAAAGCAUUACUCGAACAAUAACAGAUUCUGAUAUACAAAAUUUUCAGAAAUGGAAUGAAGAAGAAGUAAAUCUAAAUAAUAAAUUUUUUGAAACUAAAAUGUAUGUGCACGAAUCUCUUUGUGAUAAUAUUGACACAAGAAGGGCACUCGACUAUAUCCGUGAUUUAAUUACAGCAAGUAAUAUCUAUAUUAGAGAAAAAAUGCUGAAUAAACAAGCUGUAAAUGGAUUAAUACUAAAGAAUAUAGCAAAUUAUAUAACAGAAAUAUGUAAAAUAUUUGGUGUAAUAUCAGAAGAAAAGGCAAUUGGAUUUCCUCAAAAAGAAUUAGAAAAUAUCAAUAAUGAAAAAUUAUUAUUUCCAAUCUUAAAUGCUUUAGCUGAUUUUAGAUAUAAAGUAAGAUUAUCUAGUAGGCAAUAUAAAGCAAAUGAUUUAUUGAAAUUAUGUGAUGAACUUAGAGAUGAUAUACUACCAGAAUUAGGUGUUAGGUUAGAAGAUCAGGAAGGACAGCCACCUAUUUUAAAAUUGGUAGAUCGGGAAACUUUGCUUAAAGAGAGAGAAAUGAAGUUAAAAAUAGAAGAAGAAAAACGCAAAGAAAAGGAAUUAGCAAAGCAAGCAAUGCUAGAAAUUCAAGCUGCUAAAGAUGCUCAGAAAAAGAUUCCUCCUUGGGAAUUGUUUAAAAAUGAAACAGAUAAGUAUUCUGAAUUUGAUGAAAAAGGUCUUCCUACACAUGAUAUUGAAGGAAAACCACUUAGUAAAGGACAAGUAAAAAAAUUAUUAAAAUUGUAUACACUACAAGAAAAAAAAUAUAAUGAUUAUCUAAAGACUUUAAAUGCUGAUGGUGAUAAACCUUAAUUAAACUAUUCUUUAGAAAAUUUUUAAGCCUAAAAGUAUAUUCCUCUAUAAGAAAUUAUAUUAUUUAUAAAUCAUAAUUGAUUAUAAAUAGUUAAUUUACAUCAAUCUUUUCAUUAAGAAUCUCAGGUGAAUUAUUAAUAUAAUUUGACUUUAAAGAUAAUUAAUUAUUAAAGGGCAUUGUUAUUUUUUUAUAUAAUUAUAAAUUUUUUUAACAAAAAAAUUAUUCAAAAUCAUAAAUAAUUUUAUUCUAAACAUUGUAAUUUGUGUUAUUUAUGUUAAUUUUUGUUUAAAUAUAAUUAAAAUCUGCACUUAAAUAGACUGCACAUUAAAGUAAAAUGGAAAUGUCUAUUUUUAAAAGAAGUUUGAUUAAUUUGUCAUGUGCUAUGCAUAAAAUUUAAAAAAUUGUAAACAAAGUCUAAUUUAUUUUGUCAAUUUUAAUCCCAGAUUUAUUCUAGAAUGUAACUUUGCAUACAUUGUAAGGAUUAAUAUAUUCUGUGGUAGAAUUUUCUGCUAUUUGAAAAAUGUCUUUGGUUAAUAAUCUAGAACAUGGCUACUAUAAAAUUUGCUUGUAAUAUUUACAUUGUGAU